CAGAGACCAGGACAGAGACCGGGACCGCAGACCCGGACCCAGUCUGUUCAUUGGUUUAAAUCCAUUCAUUGGGUUUUAAUGGAUAAAAACUGUCCCUUUAAAACCACCUGAUCAACCUGCUGUGAUGUCAUCAGGUGAUGUCAAACUCACAGCGUGAUGUCAUCAACUUCUCUGCCCUCCAGCGCGAACUCCAGACAGCGGUGGAGGCGGAGCUAAAAUACAAGAGAGAGAACGACGCUAAGCUGAGAGCUGUCAAUCAAAAGGUGGCAUCCUAUCAGGAGUUCAGAGACCUGGUCCUUGCGUCUCACCUGAAGCCGUUACACAAAACCCACACAGAUGCGUCACCAUGGAAACAACGCUGGAAUCCUGUGGUCGCCCCUCGCAACAGUCACCCCACACCACCGGAGUCUGAUCACCAUGGCAACGAGAACCCACAGAUGUGUUCGAACCCUAAAGUUGAUGAAAACUGAAGUUUGAAUCCAAGUGAAUGUUGUGUUUAAAUAAAGU